AUGCCAGAGCCUUUUUAGCUAACCAAAAAGGAUAAAUGUAAAAUUAUCAAUGUUGAUUUUUAUGAAAUGUAAAAACUAGUUAAAAUCAAGAUAGUUAUCUUGCUAUGAUUGAUUCAUCCAAUAAAUUGUAUGUUUUUGCAUUAAAUACUUUGCUUCCAAUUUAUUACAUCGAAUUGCCUAUUUAAGUAGUUAACAUCACCUUUGGGAGAAAAUCAGAGGAAAUAGCUGUUUUUUCUGAAAAAGAGAUAUUGAUCUAUACAUUAAAAGAUGAUAUAAUAUUUUAGAAGAAAAUGGAAAUAAAUAAUUUAAUAAAAUUUGAUUUCAUGGAAAAAGAUUAUUUGAUUCUUACUCAAACUCAUAUUUAAAACUCAAUUAUGUCUGUUGAUACUAUAGAUCCAAUUACAUUUGAAAAAGUUCAUUAUUAAAAAAAUAACAAUUUAUUGAUUCUUUUUUAAGAUUCUAUUUAGUUAUUUCAAAAUUUAAGUUCAUAAAUCAGCUAUUAAUAGAAAUUUAAUAUGAAAUCAAAAUUAAGGUAUGACAAUUAACAGUAAUUAAUUUGUGUUUUUGAGACUAAUUAAUUAAGUAUUUUCUUUAUUUUUCAUGAUUAAAUUAAACACAGACACACUUUGCCUUUAAAUAUUGAAAAAAUUUAAGAUGGUUGCUUUUUUUCGCUUCCAUUUUAUAAAUAACCUGGAUUUUAUGGAGAUCAGAUUUUUAUUUAUAGUAUAAUUUAAUUGAUAAUUUUAAGUGGCUAUGACAAGAGGUAAACUAGGCAGUUAAUUUCAAUUUGUAGAUUAAGAUGGAGAUAGAUAAUGUAUAGGAAAUACAUUUUAAGAAAAAAAAUGUAAAACUAUUAUUCCAAUUUCAAAAUGGGGAAAUAAUUUAUUAGUUUUAUUUGAAUAAGGUUGCUUAAACAGAAUUAAAUUAUAUAAAUUUCCACAAUUUGAAAAAUUGGAUUUUAAAUUUUAAUAUUACCCAAAAAAUGAAACAUAUAGUGAAUAAGAGGAUGAAUUUGAUAAAAAAAUCAAAUAGUCUGCUAUCGAAUUAAAAUAAGAACAAUUUUCAUAAAGAAUUCUUGAUCCAUAUUAUUCUUAUUGUAAUGAACUUGCAUGAGG